AUGCAGGGCAUAUUAGGUAAGACAAUGGAAAUUGGAAAUACCCUGGAGUCUGCAGCAAGGAUUGUUAGUGGAUUGGGGCAAGAAUUCACCAACACAUUUGAGGUCUUGGGUAACAUAAAGGAAUACUUCCAAGACGUUCUAAAGCACAACUUGGAAGAUCAUUUCGUACAAAACCUGUGCUACUCUGUGCUGUGUGGUGGUUUCAUCCUCCUGAAAUGUGGCUACGCAAAUCUUAACAAAACAAUCCAGGAAAUGGAGAAAGAAGAACUCCCUAAAAGAGUACAUCCCUACGUCAGGGAGAUAAGAAGUUAUUUUGAGUCGAUGGAAAAAAAGCUCCAGGAGUUAGACAAUACAGUGACAGAGAUACGGACAACGGUAAGUACUUUACUUAAGGACUCUUUCGCUAAAUAUUUAUCGCGUACUUGCCGAAUGAAUGAACGACUUUGUUGAUGUGUCAAUCUUCUAGCCGGCUACACGUAGACUACUAAUCUGGACACCUAAAGCUCCUACAUCUUAUUUUUGCAGCACUAUCAUAAUGUCACGAUAGCCUUCGAGUGGUGCUUGAAAGGGCAGGUAACAGGUAGUUGCCGUCCUUUUGCCUGCAGUUUUAGGUGACACCCAUUUUUUUUUAUCAGAACUUGAAUUGUUUCCUCAUUACUUUUUGCUUAGACCCUUUGAAUCGAGAUUAUCCAGCUGGAUAAGAUUGUCAAAAGAAGACGAAUUCUCAUUGCGUUAAAUGACUCAUAGGAACUGUUUUCAAGUUCAGCAAAAGAUUUGGAAAAAUUUGUCUUCGUGAGUUUGAUGGGGGUGUGUACCGUAAAAGACCUAUUCAAGUUAAGAGUAAGGAUAGACUAACGAUGGCAACACAGUAACCCUGAGCGAGGAUGCUGACAUCGAUGUUGGAUUGACCCUGAAAGAGAGAUAUAGAUCUCUACACGGCCUAGACUAAUCGAUUGAUGGAGUGAAUACUUCCGCUUUUUUUAAACUCUCACAAUAUUUUCGCCGAAUUCUUAUUUAAUUGGUUGGUUGAGCUUGUUACAGCUAUGAUUCCAAAUAAACGCCUCCUCUUGGACACCUAAGAUUAAAUAGACGCCCCGGGCGUUUAUUUAUUAGGUCAUUGACGGUAUGGAAGUUUACUUCGUCCAUCGUAAUAAGAUACUGUAGUGAAUUAUCCGUACCAAGGAUGGCUGACAACUGCGCACUUCUAAAAAUGUCAGGCAGACUCAUCCUCCCAAAGAAGUAAAACAAUCGGAUUGACCAUAAGUUUAUUCCCUUUUGAUUUCCUUAAUACAGUCAGCCACGUAGCGAUUUUAGAUCAAAUUAUUGUAAUGAUAGCAAUAAGGACAUAUUAAAGCACUUUUGACAGGAUAUAUUUUACAUAUUGAGUACGAUAAUUAACAAUAUUAUUGAAAAAAGCUCAUUGUAAUUUGAAGAACGAUGUAGAUCGAGGAGCUGAAAGGGAUUAUCCACCGAGUUCGAAGGACGACUGUCUUAAAAUUUAUUAAUUCUGCGCUUAUUUCAUUAUGACCAAAAAAGCUGAGCUGCCGCGCCGCUUUUAGUGGCACUACUCGCUAUUGAUGUUGUAGUGACUGGAAGUCAAUGAUUGAAUGUUGCCUGCCACUCCCAAAUUUGGUCGGCAUUACCUGGUAAUGAAGAAACCAAUCAGGAAGAACGAAACAUUUUGAAUAAAUAAUAAGAUAAGGGGAAUUAUUGAAAACUGAAUCAUUGGAUAAUGCAAUUCUAGAGCUCUGAUUGGCUUAGCCAUCAUGAUAUAUGAGCCAUUAUACCAUGCUCUCCAAAUAUGGUAACUGUACGCGUCUGCUCAAAAUUAAAAACAAGCUGAAAAAUGAAGUUUGGAAGAAUUUGCGAUAUUACGUGGGCGUUUUCAAUAAGACAAUUAUUCCACUCGCGCUUGUUGGGUGUGACAUGAUUAUUGCCAACUCAUAUCCAAUGCGCACUCGUGGAAUAAUUGUUAAUUAUGCAAAAACAACGAGGGCGUUAUCCGCCACAGAAUUUGCUAAAUUCAAAGUAGCAGACAAAUUAUUCCAAAUCUUCUAGGUUUGGUAGCCGAUUAAGAGACUGAUAAGUAUGAAAUUCAGUCUCCCUGAAUUUUCUCUCAUUUUAUAAAUUUAAUAAAUUCUCACUCAGAUCAGGGAAUCUAAACCCCGAAAAUACAAACUUACCCCAGAAGAAAAGUUGGAGUUGAAAAUGCUGAUGAGAGAUUUCAAAAGCGAUUUGAAAAUUGCUGAGAACUAUUUAAAAGAAGCAGAUAGAGCCCUGAAGUCUCUUCAGUCAGAAGUAACAAACUACUUGAUAAAGGAAGGCGUUUUAGCUGCAGGUGCGGCAGCGCUGGUGGGGGCAGGCGCUGGAGCAGCUUGCGGAGCAGGUGAGUAAAUCGUAGGACAGCUUUACUGUAGAUCAUUCAGUUUCCGUUGAAUACAUGACUCAGUCCUUCACGAAAAAAAUUUGUCUUUAUUAACAACAACGUGACAACGACAACAUAGCUUUGUUGUAAGAAUUAACUUAAAACUAAUUGCACUGCCCCGCAGAUAGCAAAAGCUAAUCUAGGCGGGACAGAUGGACAACUGGGGGUUAGGGUUUGACUCCUUUAAAUAAAUAUUGUUACAUAAAUAAAUUUUAAAUUUAUAUCAUUACAUAGACAGAGUUAAGGAAACGAUAACGUUACAGGUUCGAGAGAAAAGUUAGUUGAAACUUUAAAGACCUAAACAUAAUUAUUUAGCCAGUCAAACUUUUUCUAUGAUAAUAGGUGUUUUUAUAUAAUCAUUUUCAUGUACUAAAAUAACUAGGAGAAGUCGACGAAUUUCUCUUUUUAAAUUCCUUACGAUAAAAUUUCUAACUAUACUUCCUGGGUGUUACAGGCUGAAAGAAAAAUGAUGAAAUUGGAGAUUCACAUUUUGUUCAAAUACUCAAGAUCGUGACCCGGUGAAUGUAGAAGUUCAGUAAUACCUGCUAGUCGACAUCCAACAGAAGCAAAGUGUUCAUUCAUUAUAUGCGGGAUCUUCAUUUCUUCUUUCAUGAUUCGAUUAUUUUGGUUACAGUCUCUAAUUGCAUUCAUAGACUUGGAGUUUUUCUUACGGUGAUGGAGUAAUUCAUUAAUUCCCUUUCAAGUACUUUUUCGUUGCUUUCGAAAUAUUCAUGGUCGUACUGUACUUACUUUUACUGAGACGUAUUAGGCUACAAAUUAUGUUUCUAAUUAGCUUUGUCACCUGAAGUAUAAAAACAAAGUACUUCGACGUUAAGGUUGUUACUUUCACUGUUCAAUUUUGAGGUAUUACAAACAUCCGGUUAGAUUUCUAAACUUUUUGAAAGUUUUCAAAGGAAAACGUCUGAGUGUUUGAAAACCCAACUUCGACGAAGCUGGUGUCAUCGAUUGCCGGAGCCAAUUUCCAGUAUGAUUCUACUCGGGCAUGAAAUGCUUUCAAUUCAAAUGCUUCAGGCUUUGAGAUAAACGAAAAGAUAAUUAGGUCAACGAAUCAAUUUAUAAAUACUUGCCCAUUUUUACAUUAGUACAUAUUUUAAAAAUCCCACCAAUGUAGAAAAACUAAACACUUUAGAAAUUUGACCGCGGUGCAACUCUGUCUCCUUUGACUGUGAGGCUUCAAAGAGUUUCUCCCAACCAUAAUAGACUAUAAUAAAUACAAAGAAUACGUUUAACAUAUGCAAAAGACACAGUAGAGUAAAAUGUAAGGUGUAAUUAGGAGAAGAUAUGUGAAAUCACUCACACAGAAUGGAUAUUACGGAACAAUGUCCUUAGUUGUAAUACAUCACCACGACAUUGCCAAUUCAAAUUUUUUUUAAUUGCAUGAUGUUUGUUAAUGAUCUGGACGUUCUUAAGCUUUCUAGUUUUACUUCACAUUUAUUAUGUUAUCAAGAACUUCUGCUUUCAACCACUCAGUAGAAAUUCAGUUCAGUUAGCCCUUGAGAAACUAAAUGUCAGAAAGGCCUGUGGUUAUGACUCCAUAUCUCCUAGAAUGUUAAGGCUAGCAUCAAGUGGCAUAGCAGAUUCCUUAACAAAACUUUUUAAUGAGUGUAUAAGGAAAGGUGAAUGGCCUGAAGCAUGGAAGAAUGGAGAGUGGAACCCAGUCCACAAAAAGGAUGACCGGUUGGAUGAAAGAAACUAUCGUCCAAUAACAUUGCUAAGCACAGUAGAUAAGGUUUUUGAGUCUAUGAUAAGCAUACAAGUGAAUAAUCAUUUUGAUUCCAAGCUCGAUCCCUGCAUAUCUGCGUACAGGAAAAAACAUAGUUGUGAAACUACUUUGUUCAGACUCACUGAAGAUUAGAAGCUGGCUGUGGAUUCUGAGCAAUUUAUUGGAAUACUCUCAACAGACAUGAGUAAAGCAUUUGAUUCCCUACAUCCAUCACUCAUGAUAAAUAAAUUUAAGGCGUAUGGCUUUUCAGAGGAAUCACUCAGCUUGAUGAGAUCAUAUUUUUUCAAUCGACAAAACAGAGUCAAACUAAAUGGAGUCACCAGCGGUUGGAAGGAUGCUGUUAGAGGAUGCCCUCAAGGGUCAUCAUUUGGACCCUUACUGUGGAACAUUUUUCAAAAUGAUAUGACGUAUAUAGUCAAUAAUGCAAGCUUGUCAAUGUACGCUGACGAUCAUCAGCUGUAUGUAAAGGGUAUUCAGUUGACUGCGUGGAACAACUUUUAACUAAUGGGCGGCACACUAUAUCAAAAUGGUACAAAGAUAACUUUCUGAAGGGAAAUUACGACAAGUACAAUUCAAUGUUAUUAGGCAGGAAGAACAAAAAUGAGGACAGUCCAUCUAUCAAUGUCAAGAUUGGUGAACAGGUUAUUAAAUCAUUACCAAACUUGAAGUUACUGGGAGUAACAUUAGAUGAUGAACUUAGUUUUAGUACUCAUAUAAGUGAUAUAUGCAAAAUGGCAAGUAAGAAAGUUGGUGUUCUAGUACGUCUUAGAAAUAUGAUUCCCAGAGAAGCCAAGUUGCAAUUGUACAAAUCAGCAAUUCUACCUAACUUAACAUAUUGUCACAUAGUGUGGCAUUUUUGCAAAGCAGCUGAUGCAAGAAAAUUAGAAAGAGUACAAGAACGGGCAUUUUGUGCUGUAUAUAAUGAUAGGAAUGCUACGUAUGAGGAACUCCUAGAGAAGGGAAGACUCUCUAGUCUUGAGAACAGACGGUUACAAGAUAUACUGAUUUUAAUGUAAAAGGUUAAAAAUUCACUAGCUCCAGAGCAUGUAUGUAAUAUGUUUUUUCAGCAAGAUAAGCAUUAUAACUUACGAAGUGAUUUUCCUGUUCCAAGAUAUAAUACUGUUAAGUAUGGAGGGGCGUAGCUAGGGGGACGUCCUGGGGUGCCCGUGACCACCCCUUGGUAGGCCUUCUUUUGAGCAAACAACCUACAAUAUUCAGGUGGCGAAAACGCCGUGACAAUAUCUUGGCCGUAAAAGCCAUUGUUGAAAAGCCGACUUUUUUGAAAUUUGUUUUUUUGUAAAGUAUUUUCGUCAACGGCUCUUGUCUCUAGUUAAUAUGGGCCUUCAUGCCGCGAUAAUACGACUGAGCCCGCUGAUACACGAGGGAGAGCAGCGGUAUAAACCAUAUAUAGUCGGCGAUCCCCGGAUGGUGUCCCGGGUGAGUAGCCUCUGUGACCCCCCCUUUGAAACAUCCUGGCUACGCCCCUGGUAUGGCACGCACAGUAUCAGAUAUUUAGGCCCACACAUAUAGGGCAAGAUAAGCCAGGAACUACGCAGUAAGACCAGUCUUCAGGCAUUCAGGAGAGGGGUGCGUGCUCUCAAUGUGCUUGGCUUGCUGGACGGCACGUGUGGCUGCUGUGCAUGCUCAUCUUAGAGUGGUGGGUAUGCAUAGUAGCUUCUGCUGUGUGGCUGCCUUGUGUAUUGAGGUGUCCUCCCCUAUCCUCUAUUUAAUUCGUCUAAUUUAAAUUUUCUAGACUUUUAACUUUCUGAAUUUUGCAUUUAUGUUUGACUGCUGCUUAUAUGUUUGUCCUAUAUUGUCUGUUUGUUUGUCUAUCUAUCUGAUUGUCUGUUUCGUCUAUCUAUUUGUUUGUCUUUGUUUGUUCCCUGCUUGUCCUACUGUUUGUCUGUAAUAAUUUUAUAUAUUGAUGUUAUUUUAUAUAUUAGUGAUAUUUUAAGAAUAUAUUUUUAAUAUUUUUACAUAUACUUGAUUUAAUCUUAUAUUAUAUUCAUUUCAUUUAUUUAUAGUGUCCACAAUUAGCUUUCAGCUAAAUACCUUGACACUUUAAUACAGUUUAUGUAUGUAUGUAUGUAUGUAUGUAUGUUAUUGAUUAACUAAUAUCUCUGUGUUUUGCCUUUCAGCUAAGGAGAUCCUCAUGGAAGGUCAACAAGUGGUGGACGCUGCUACUAAAGGAGCCAUGCUUGGUUCUGUGCUAGGGGUCGUAAAGGCACUUUAUUCCAUCAGCCGUAAGUAUGAAGCAUGUAAGUUCGAGAUCAAUAACCUCCAGGCUGACCUAGGAAUACUAAGAAAUAAGAUCAAAGAAAAUAAUCCAAAGCUUGACGAUUUGAAUGAGACAAUGGGUGACUUGAAUGUUGUGUAG